GUGACCACCGGAUAUAAAUGGUCGCUGUACCAAAAGCCAGAGCAACUUCCGCGCAAGCCUGCAAAGUUAUUGUGCGUAAAGUUAAAGCUGCGAGAAGAAGUUAAAGAUGUUAUACUGGAUGGAGAGGAACGGCAGCGGGUCGGGGACUCUCGACAGUGUCUGCAUCAUGUCCAGAUCGGAGAUCCUGAGAGGAAUCGUCACCGAGAAACUGACAACAGCCGCGCAGGAAAUCUUCGCGGUUGUGGAGAGAACCGUAGCCGGGUACGAGGAGGAGGCUUCGGGUCUGAGGCAGGAGAUCGACCGGCAGAGGAGGCAGCUGGAGGCGGUGCUGCAGCCUCGGGUCAAACUAGAGAGGAGAGAAUACUUGAUCCCAGAUCCAGAAGGCCAUGAUGCUGUUGUGAGGGAGGAGCAGCAGAAGGAGGAGCAGACACAGCAGUCAGAAGCCCUGAUCCCAGAUCCAAAGGGCCAUGAUGCUGUUGUGAGGGAAGAGGAGCAGACACAGCAGUCAGGUGAGGAGGACAGUGGGAGCAUUGGCCAACUGCGGGGUGAUGGUGGCAAUGAAGAGCCGCAGCUGUCAGUGCAACCAGCAACCAGCUUAAAAGAAGAUCUGAAGGACCCCGAUUAUCAAAUAGAAUCAAGGUCACAAAUCACAGCUUAGCCAAAAGUAUGUGGAUACCCCUGUGGGCAUCCUUUUGUGUGCUCCUGGUCUGUUUUCCCUGGAACCAAAUAAAGCUUGUUAGCUUAA